UUUCAGUAUCAAACAUUUCUUGUAUCACAAACAUUUCAGUAUCACACAAACAUUUCAGUGUCAAGCAUUUCAGUAUUAGGUACACAUUUUAGUAGAACACAUUUUAGUAUCACACAAACAUUUCAAUGUCAGACAGUUCAGUAUCAGACAAACAUUUCAGUGUCAUGCAUUUCCGUAUCAGGUACACAUUUUAGUAUAACAUACACAUUUUUUGUACUACACAAACAUGAAUUAACGUCGAAUACUUGUGACUUUGGGAGAGCCAUUGCUAAAAGGUGGAGCUCAGAUUCGUCCUACAAGAUGAUAGGCUUGUGUGAGACAGCAAUAAUCGCCUAAUAACCUUCUCCGCCUUUCAGUUACCCACCACGAAACUGUCUGUCACUUCUCAUGCGACAAGCCUGAAUUAAGGUGAUUGGCGCAAAGCAGAGUUAAGUAUUGUAAAUUGUGUGGCUUAAGAACUCAAUGUUCAGCCGGUUGUAAAGGUCGCUGGGGUUGCGAAUGCCGCUGGGGUGCUUAAUCCUUCAUGGUGGAAGGGUUUGAUGAUGGUUUGUGCUUUAUGCCAGAUGAACUCGAUGCUACUAGAGCCCUUAUGGAAAAAUAUGUAUAUCUCUCUCUUUGGUUCACAGCGAUGUGCCCAUGGACGAUAUUGUGGUUAGAAGAUCUACUAUUUACACAAAAACCAGCACCAUGGUCUUCACUCUGACGUUACAUACCUGACAACCUCUCUUUGUGGAGAAGUCCACAUGGUAUCACUAACAUCAGAAACUGCUCUUUAAUCAACAAAUAGUUUGAAACAUGGCUUCAGAUAGGAACCCAGAGGAACAUAAAGAUGGAAAAAAUGAACUAAAAAUUACAUCAGAUAGGUACAUAUCAAACCAGAUUCGGGAUUUGACGUCAUCGGGGAACCCUGAAGAAAAUGAGAUUAAGGAGCACCUGACAACAACCGAAGAGAGGGGAGAGAAAAACCCAGGACCAACCCUGAGAAUUCUGCUCACGGGAAGCAGUCAUAUUCACAGGCUAGAAAGCAGUAUCCUACAAGGUUGCUUCCCUUGUUCCAGGCUAGACUUCGGCACUGGGCAAGAUGUGCACUUUCUCGGCAUAGGGGGCGCUAAAGUGGCUACACUGAGAAAUUCGAGCCAUCUGGAAAGCCUGUUAGAGGAAACUAGACCGGAUGUCGUCAUCGUACACAUCGGCAGCAAUGACGCAGACUCCACCAAAACCUCCUCAGACAUUUGUGCAGAGAUCCUCGGCUUUGUACGUAUCCUAAAAACCAAAUUCCAAGUCUUCAAGGUGUAUUUUAGCCAGCUGUUCCGUCGACAGGCCACGAGGCGUAUUUCUGUGGCGGACUAUAACAAGAAAAUUCUAGAAAUCAACCGUCGGCUUCGCAAGGAAAAAACGGUGACAUUUUGGAAACAUAAAAAGAUGAUGGAGCCUGUUAAAAACAUCCUGCUUAAAGAGGGCGUUCAUCUGAAUAUGUGCGGACAAGUGCUGUUUUACAGAUCCUUCAUGAAAGCCAUCUACGCAGCUGUUCGUGAACAUGAAUAUUUCAGAUCAAAGCGGGAAAAGGGAAAGGGUGAGCUCCCCUCAGUAGCAUCAUAGCCGUCAGAUGGCGGUGAUGGACGUUGUCAUGGUGACUAGUGCUUCAUGUCUCUUUCAUUAUAUGCCGAGUAAUCUGGUAUUAAUAGGUCUCUACUUCCUGGUGGAAUGCCGGUAGCCAGUGAAGCGUCCUUGUGGGCGUGCGCACAUACGACUAACAGUGUCAGGCGUAAUGUACAGUAAAGUAAGUAACAUUAAAGCCAAAUAUACUUAACUCAUUACCAAAAGAGACCUUGUGUUUCGAUUUCGAUUAGUAACCUGUACAUGUUUACAGUGUUUAGUUUUUGUUUGAAGGCCGUAGACUCUUGAGGCAGCUAGACGGUGGUCAUAUUCAUUUGUGACUGCAAAAGACUGUAACCCCGAUCUAGUUUAGAUAUUCACCUGAGACAGCAUAGUGCUAUAUAUACUCACAAGAAACAGCUAAAUUAUGAUGACUGCAAAGAGAUGCGUUGGUUGAUAUUCAUCUCUAGAAAGCCUCAUCUUCAGUUUUUUCUUCCUUCUAGGAACAGCCAUGCAACUUGCGUGAAAUGCAUUACGUGCAAUGUAUCACAGACUACUACAUUUAUGAAUAUGUAAUGAACUUUAUAUAUCUAUCAUAUAAUUAAAUUUAUUUAAUUUAUAUAUUCAUUCGUAGCUUACAGGUCAUGCAGAACAUUAUACGUUGACUUAAAUGACAGUGGCCAGGGCUAGUACAGUCCCUGUGAAACAACUGCACUUGGCAGGACUGGUUUAUCAAACCUCCUGAUGUAAGGCUCCAACCAGCCAUAGAGUGUAGGAUUUAAACACGCCAUCACACGGAGUAAGGCUUUAAGUUUGUCUACGAACUAAGUUUGUCAGAGAGGCCAGUGCUUUUAUUUAAUAAAUUUGUGUAAUUUAACUCAGUU